ACAGUCAACUUUAUCGUACGCUCCGAGACAUAUUACAUGUAGACAGAUACUGAACAAUGUGCCCUGAGCAUGUCUUGGUGUGAAUGGUGAUGGCUUGUUUGGUUGUCCAUUCUCAUACUGUUUAUGGAUUCAGGCCAAAAGCAUUCGUCAAGCAAAUCUCUCUGCCUCCCUUGUCCCACAAGAAAGUGAAAUUACACACUUGGUUGUUCCCUUAGAUUCCUUUCUUUUCUACCUCUUUCAGCUUGCUAAAUCAGUUUGUGGGGCACCCAAUGUUUCUUUUGUCAGGAUUCUCUUGCACUACAAAUAACAAAGGACUACAAACAAGAACUAAAAUUGAAGCCCUACUACAAUUAAAUAGAGUGGAAGAGACCAGAAUCUCUCCUCUCUCAAGUCUCAACCAACCCACCAUCUAUAAGGAGUUGCCUUCCUAGCUACUUCCUAGUGAUUUUUGCUUUCAAAGCUUGUCAUGGCUACAUCCUCUCAGUACUCUUCUUCUUCCUCUAAGAGACACUUCCACUGGACCAACAAGGUUGGCUCUGAUGAUGAGGUUCCAACCUUCAAGUCCGAGGAGAAAAAGGAGGAGCAUCCCAAGAGCAAUCUUUCAAUGCAAACUCCAAAGAAGAGACUGCCUGCUCUUGCAGUUUCUCGGCUCCGGCUGGCUCUUGCUGCGCUUGGUAGGAAUCGGUCACAGUCACUCAGUCUCGGAUCUAGAGUCGUUGGUACCCUAUUCGGGAACCGCCGCGGCCAUGUUCACUUUGCCUUUCAGAAGGAACCCAAUUCACCACCAGCUUUUCUUAUUGAGCUAGCAACACCAAUCAGUGGCUUGGUUAAGGAAAUGGCAUCAGGGUUAGUGAGAAUUGCAUUGGAGUGUGACAAAGCAGAGAUCAAGGAAGAAGAAAAGAACAACAAGGCAGCAGUGAGAUUGCUAGAAGAGCCAAUGUGGAGGACUUACUGCAAUGGCAAGAAAUCUGGGUUUGCUACAAGGAGGGAAUGUGGACCAAAGGAGUUGAAGAUUUUGAAAGCUGUGGAGCCAAUUUCAAUGGGAGCAGGUGUUUUGCCUGCCGCUGGGGAUCAUGAAGCUGAUGAUGGUGAGGUUAUGUACAUGAGAGCUAAGUUUGAAAGAAUUGUUGGGUCUAGAGAUUCUGAAGCUUUUUACAUGAUGAAUCCUGAUAGCAAUGGAACUCCUGAACUUAGUAUCUACUUGCUUAGAGUUUGAUCAACCAGGAUUUUAUGGGUUAUAUAGAUCUUAUAGCUAGAAAGUUUAGAUCUUGAACUUUGAUGUUUUCUUUCUUUUUCUUUCUCACUCUCCUGUUGAGAAAAUGGGAGGUGGGUCUUGAUAGUAGUAGGUGGAGGGGGCAAUACAUUACAAAGUGAUAUGAAACAUGAAUGGGAGGUGGGGUUAUCAAGGAGUACAUGUACAGUUUUUUUCCUCAAUCUUUUUGUUUUAAAUGAUGAGAA